CAGAACACAAGGCUCUUUCUCCCUCUCCAGGCUUUCAAGUUUCAAACAUCCUCCUGAAUUCAGUGAGUGGCUUCCUCUCAGCUCACAGAUGGGUGCUGCAAAGACUGAAGAGGCAUCCAAGGGCAUGCUGAAGACAGAGCCCGCUACUCCAGACUGCCUGCAGGAGGUAGAAAUGGGUAAAAAGCUCCAAAGAAAAUGUCUCAGAAUCGUCUCCCCCGAGUCUCCUGCUAAGCUUUACUGCUGCUAUGCAGUGAUCACAGUCCUCACUGUAGCAGUAAUUGUGCUUUCUGUUGCUUUGGCAGUAAGAAAGAAUGAACAGACACCAGUGAAAAACUUCUAUGGUGCUUGCCCAGGACACUGGAUUGGAUUUGGAAAUAAAUGUUUUCAUUUUUCUGAAUCCACAAGUAACUGGACCUUCAGCCAGGCCUCCUGCAUGGCACAAGAGGCCCAACUUGCUCGAUUUGACAACCUGGAGGAGCUGGGUUUCCUAAGAAGAUACAAGGGGACUUUUGACUACUGGAUCGGCCUGCACAGAGAGUCACCACAACUCCCUUGGAGAUGGACAGACAACACUGAGUAUAACAGCACGUUUCCCAUCCGGGGAAAGGAAAACCAUGCCUACCUGAACAACAACGGGAUCAGCAGUGCCAGGGUCUAUGCAGAUCGAAGAUGGAUCUGUACCAAACCCAACAGCUAUAUGCAAAAUUCUUUUUCUCCUUUUUCAGCCUUUGCAAAGAGAUGCUUUUAGCCUGUUAUCUACAGUUGCUACUCUUUCCCACAUCUUUCCACAUCGCUAUUAAAGGAACUAAGAAUAUUUCUUGACAUCCCAAAUGAAAACCAUCUUGAAGAAGUGUACAUACAGGGGAUAAGAAGAACAUAGAAGAACAUAUGAGUCUAACUUAGAUGUCGGCACUCAGACCUUAAGCGUAAAGUACAAUUAAUGUUAGUGAACCCCACUUUCAUUUUGUGCAGAGAAGUCCUUCUUUUGAGUCUAUGAGACCACAAAAAUGAGUUCCCAAAAGUGUGUGUGGUUAUAUAGUGACAUACCUGUGAUGCCAGCUACUUAAGGGUUGAAACAGGAGAACCACAGGUUCACAGUAGGAAGUGAAGUAUGGGAAUGCUUUAAUAAUGACAGGGAAGAGAAGAAUCUGUAGCAUCUGAUAAUUUGGCGAAACACAUUAUACGUUCUUUUCAAAAUUUAUGCCAAUACCCAGAAUUUAAAAAGUAUUUAAAACUAAAAUUUAUUUUACACUCUUUAAAACAUAAGUGACACUGUCAAAAUCUCUCUCUAGGUUUUUUUUUUUUUUCAAUGCAGUUUAUUCAGGAACCUUGAACAAUCAUCUGACCCUGGGGAAAGCCAGCCCACAGCUUAAAUAGCCUCUGGGUAGCCAACUCCAGCAUGCCACGUGGGCAAUGUAGAUAGGUCCACAUACAUGGAAGCAAGCCAGAUCCUCGGCCUUAGCCAAAUGUGGAGUUGUUCAUGACAGAGAGCACUCACCAUCAGGAAGGUGGAAGGUGGAAACCAGCUCCAUCUUUAAGGCACAGCAUUACGCAGCUCUCUACAGUUCCCCCUUUUUGUUUUAGACGUAUCAGGCAAGAGUAUCUCUCUAGGUUUUAAUAUCCUUAUUUCCAGUUUUAUAUUUCUAAAUAUAAUUAUAUAAUUAUACUGUUCAAGUAUAAUCCAUUUUAUAAACAAAUGCCAUUUUAAUUUUACCACUUUAUUGGAUUCAUUUCACAUCACAUAGGAGUUAAACUCCUUAAGCAUUCAAUACUUAGUUUUGCACUAAUGUGCAUAUUAUUGGGUCCUAAAAAGAAAGUAUUUGAAAUCUUUAUAGAGUUAACUACACUGUACUGAUGAGUCCCAAAAAGGAUGAAAUAACAGGCUACAAAGCAUCUCCUGAUCUUUUCAUCUCUUUCUCUCUCUUUUGUUCUAUAACAGCUUGAUUUGCUGGGGAAUUGGGGGGGGUAUGAUAUCUAUACUUGGCCUCCUGGUCCUUGAGAAAAAAGGCAUGAGAGGGGCAAGGGGAGGGAAGGGGAGAGGGAAGAUGGAUGAGCGAGAAUGGGACUGGGAGGAGAGGAGGGAGGGGAAGCUGUGAUUGGCAUAUAAAGUAAAUAAACAAAACAAAAAAGACUAAAA